AUGAGAAUUUUCUGCGAUCAUAGGUCGGGAGUGAGUUGCGUUGCGAUGAGUUGUGACGGACGACGUGUUGUAUCUAGAUCCGUGGACAGGAACGUGCGGGUGUGGGAUAUGGAGACUAGAGCACAAGUCAGGGAGGCAUCAGAUGGAUACAGGUGUGGGGUAAUAAGCGUUGCGAUUAGUGAGGACGGGAGACGUGUGGUAUCUGGAUCGUUGGACAAGAGCGUGCGGGUUUUGGACGUAGAGACGGGAGCACAAGCCGGGGCCUCGUUAGUUGGACACACGCAUUUCGUGGCUAGCGUUGCGAUAAGUGGGGACAGAAGACGUGUGCCAUCUGGAUCGUGGGACAAGAGCGUGCGGGUUUGA